GCCCCCUACUCAAAUGAAAUCAGUUGACUCUGACUUCUCAUCAGCGAACACUAAACAUGGCAGAAGAAGCACCAGCCCCCGCCGCGGCUCCGGCCAAGGCUCCAGCCAAAGCCCCCAAGAAGAAGGCAAGCAAGCCCGCGAAGGCCGGACCCAACGUCCGCGAGCUGAUCAUCGCAACCGUGACCGCGUCCAAGGAACGCAGCGGCGUGUCUCUGGCAGCCCUGAAGAAGGCUCUGUUCGCCGAAGGAUACGAUGUGGAGAAGAACAACAGCCGCGUGAAGACCGCCGUGAAGGCUCUGGUCGCUAACGGGACUCUGGCUCAGCCCAAGGGAAGCGGAGCCUCCGGUUCUUUCAAGCUGAACAAGCAGAAGGCCGAGCCUAAGGCCGCCAAGCCGGCCAAGAAGGUCGCUCCUAAGGCCAAGAAGCCCGCCGCUAAGAAAGCCGUAGCCGCCAAGAAGGCAAAGCCCGCAGCCAAGAAGCCAGCGGCCGCUAAGAAGUCCCCGAAGAAGGCAAAGAAACCCGCGGCAGCGGCGGCCAAGAAGGCUGCUAAGAGCCCCAAGAAGGUCACCAAGAAAGCCGCUGCUCCCAAGAAGUCUCCCGCCAAGAAGGCGGCGAAGCCCAAAGCAGCGAAGAAGACCGCGGCCAAGAAGAAGUAAACGGUUUCUGACGAAACACCUGCAAAUACAAAGGCUCUUUUAAGAGCCACACAAGUGUUUCUACAAGAGCACAAACACUCUGAACUAUCUGACUGGGGAUUUUCAUUUAAGAUCAUUUAACAACAUAAGCAGUACCUGCUGCACGUGGUGCAUCUGCAUAUAGUCGCUAUAUUUUUAUUAUUUAUCUGUAACAUCUGUGGUCUCAUUUAAUAAUGGGUUAAUAAUUUAAUGAAUACGUCCCACAAUAAAAGUAAAUCACAUUUAAA